AUGCCUAGAUCCCCAAAACGGACGCCCAUAGAGCUAAACACUCUUACUUCAUGGGCGCACACACAACCUCUGAACACGGUCCAGGUUAUCGGCUCCAAGAAUGCCCACAACAUCAUCACGCUGAGCUCAGACGGGUUCAUGUGCGUCUGGAUUGUGGAAAUGUUGGGAGAACCGAGGGAGAAGGUGGAGGUCUGUGAUGCACCCUCCGCUGGCCUGAUGGAUGUCUUCCCCACCUGCAUGGCUUUCUUCGCCAACGAUCAAAAUAACUACGUGGUGGGCUCUGAAAGUAGCAACAUCUACACCGAUCAACGACAUUCCAGGUUUGGCCCCCUUUUCAAAGCAUCGCAUUUUUGCGUCCCGAGUUUUCUUUCUUUCAAAUUUAUGCACAACAGCGGAACUCUGUUAUAA